UCCUCCUGGGCCGAUGACGUAGCGGCUAGUGUGGCCGCUACAGCGGUGCGAUUUAAGAGCAGCAAGAAGGAGCCGAGGGAGAGACCCACAGAGAGAGGGGGCUGAGAGAAAAGCAGGGGGCUUCGGGGGCGAAAUUAAGGAGCCAGCGGUCGGGUUGGCUGGGAUGGAGCCGAGCGUUUUCACUCUGAACAGCGAAUGCGGCGUUUUAGCAGCGUCUGUAUAGUCUUCGCUCCGAUUUGCCUGCGUUUUGCCGAGUAAGAGUCUGCAGCCGCUCCGUUCUCGCGCACAGAGCCGUUAACGUUAGCUUGCUUGGCUAGCUGCUGUUGCUAAGCUCGGCUAGAAAGAAAUGCUAGCUGGCCUCGCCGCCGAAGAAGGAAAAGAAAGGUAGCUAGCCAAGUCCGAGCGAGCGAGACAUUUUCUUCUUUCAGCGAAGCUGAAAGUGCGUUAAAUCACACUAAAAACUGUGACAUUGUCAGUUUUUCCUCCGACCUAACGUUAGUCUUCCGUCUCGACUUGGCAGUAUUUAAAAGAACUGUUUGUCGACGACACGUUUACAGAAAGUCCGCGGACAGUACAGUCAGCUUUGUGGUGUACAAAAGCUGUUUUUUUAAUUAGCUUAACGAGCCUUUAUGGUUGGUUUACUCCACCAGUUGUGUUACCAUCGUCGUCGACUUUUACCCAGUGUUUACCUGUGAUACAAGAACCAGACGAGAGUGUUAUUUUUUACGUAUUCGCGAUUUAUUUAUUUUAAAAUUGGCGCUAAUCUGCCCAGCGGACUCGGGGCUAACAGUUUUUGAUGAGACACUUUGUGAGAUCUUGUGUUGGGAGUUCUUAAUGUAGCCGAGGCUGUACGCUUUUUUAAUCUCUAUUCAUUUACGUUACUUGUGUUUUCAAGUCUUCGUGCUUCGUAGCCUCUCUUGAAGCUUUCUUUUCUUGUGCGUUCAUUUUCGAGCACGACCCCUUGUGUGUGCGAGUGGGGUUUUUUUUCCUUCAGUUGGUGCAUGUGGUCGCAUUUUUCCUCCUUCUUCUCGGCUCCUCAGUGUUUUGCGGUCAUCCUCCAUGCCCGCGCCCGCAGCAGUUUUCACUCUCUGCUACCUAACAAUUUUCUCCGAGCGUGAAGGAACUGCAUGUGCCUUUUAAUCCACCUUAGGAUCGUCAGUCGUACAUUUUUUUCGUGGGACUUGGUACAUGAUCACGGACCCGGGCACUUAGCUAAACUCCAUUGCAAAUUUUUUGCGAGGUCUCUCUGAAGAAAGCAUGGACGAUCAGACCCGCAUGCUUGGUCUAGGCGGGGGACUCGGCGCCCUAUCCCAGGCCGACGUGGGCGACCCGGACUCCGCCAGGAAGCAGCAGGCUCUCGGUCAGCCGCAGCAGGACAUAGGGGACAUCCUCCAGCAGAUCAUGGCCAUCACGGACGAGAGCCUGGACGAGGCGCAAGCACGAUGCUGGCAAGAGGAGGGACCAACCGAGUGGGGCGGAAGAGGUGACCCCACAGAGGGAGGGGCAGCUGGGGGGGGCACAGUAGGGGGUGCCCUGCCGCUCAACUUCCAGCACAGGAAACACGCCCUGAACUGUCACAGAAUGAAGCCUGCUCUCUUCAGUGUGCUGUGUGAGAUCAAAGAGAAGACUGUAUUGAGUAUCAGAGGGGUGCAGGAGGAGGACCCCCCUGACCCUCAGAUCAUGCGCCUGGACAACAUGCUUCUCGCUGAGGGUGUGUCAGGCCCAGAGAAAGGAGGUGGAUCAGCUGCGGCCGCAGCAGCCGCUGCAGCGGCAGGGGGGUCACCCAAUGAUGGAAGCAUCGAGCAUUCGGACUACAGAGCCAAACUCGCACAGAUCCGCCAGAUCUACCACUCAGAGCUGGAGAAGUACGAACAGGCUUGCAGUGAAUUCACCACCCAUGUGAUGAACCUGCUGCGGGAGCAGUCACGUACACGGCCCAUCUCACCCAAAGAGAUCGAGCGCAUGGUGGCCAUCAUCCACCGCAAGUUCAGCUCCAUCCAGAUGCAGCUCAAACAGAGCACGUGUGAGGCAGUCAUGAUCCUCCGCUCUCGCUUCCUCGAUGCCAGACGCAAGAGACGUAACUUCAAUAAGCAAGCUACAGAGGUGCUGAAUGAGUAUUUUUACUCUCACCUGUCCAACCCCUACCCCAGUGAGGAAGCAAAGGAGGAGCUGGCCAAAAAGUGUGGGAUCACUGUCUCUCAGGUCUCUAAUUGGUUCGGCAACAAGAGAAUUCGGUACAAGAAGAACAUUGGUAAGUUCCAAGAGGAAGCAAAUCUGUACGCAGUUAAAACAGCGGUGGAUGCUGCAAAUGUGUCUGCACAGGCUAGCCAGGCAAACUCUCCGGCGACACCCAACUCAGGUGGAUACCCUGCACCGUGCUACACACCUGACGGGCGGCUAUGAGGAGCUGUCAGGAAGUGCCCUUUACACUCCACACCACCUAGAUGCCAACAGCAGCUGGCAGGACAACCCCAAGCCCUCCUCCAUCACCCCUCCACCUGGACAUCCCAGCAGCGUCCAUUCGGACACCUCCACCUGAGACACGGAGCUUCCACCCCCACCACAAACACGUUCACAAUCUGAACUCUUCCACCAGUGCAGCCCUGCUUCCUCCUCGAUCUCUGCUUUUGUUACACUAGCAUCUGUUAAAGCUGGCAAACAUUUUUCCCCAAGUUCCACUUUGUAGGUCAGCUCCACUGUGGGCUUUGAUGGGCCGCAGACUACAAACAUUCGAACACGUUUUCUGACCCAUUCGUUCAGCCAGUGAAGACCACACAGGAGCUCCUACCUUCCUGCUGAAACCAAAGUGCUGUCAGCAGUCAAAUCUCCUUCUGUUCAUCGAAGAACCACCUCAGACAACUGAAACGCAAAGACUUCAUGCAAAAUUUCCUCAGUCCCCAUUUAGAGCUUGUUUUGUUAGUGUUUUCCUUUGUGUACUUUACAGCUGCAUAAGUAAAUUAGGGUAACUAGUUUUGUUAUUGCAAGAUUCAUGCGCAUUUACACUGUUGCAUUCCGCUGUUCAGAGAAUCAACUAAGCACAAAUAUUAAUGAGCUUGAGAAGAGUGAGGGUGGAAGUGGAGAAGACAACAGCAUAUUGCACCUAGAAUGGGUGCUGAGUCAUUUUUAACAGUUACUUCUAGAGAAAUGGAGCCAAAUGGUGGGCAGGUCUGUACAGGAGCAGAGGGCAAGAAAAAUUUAAACCAUGCAGUUAGGGGCUACAUUUGCCCCAGCCUGCUGUGUCUUUUAAGAGAAGUGGAGGUUUUGUUUAGUUCUUGUAUUCUUGAAAUAUUUUUUUUGUAACACACCUUCCCACAAAUAACGCACCAGCCACCAAAUAAAAGUACAUUGUAGACUUUUAUUAGAGUUUUUCACUUUGUUAGAAAGGGAGUGGAUGGUAUGUGGAGCAGUGGUGUAGAAUUGGGCCGGGAGUUUCUAGUGUCUUGUUUUUUUUUGUCCUUUUGUUUUUUUAACUUUUAAGAGAUAAGAUAAAUCUGUCUUCCAUGCAUGUAGGCUUCAAAGCUGUUUUAGAGAUUCCAGUUGCGUAGCUUGUCAGUUUGAGAUUCUUUUUGUUUUCCUCAUUGUUAAUUUUACAUAAAGAAAUGCUACAGAAAGGAGAGGAUAUGACAGACCAAAAAAAACAAAAUGAAUAAAUAACCUUACCAUGCAUCAUGUAUCAUGUACAUGCACACAGUGUACUGCCCCUCCAGGACUCUGUGACCGUGAGGCUUUUUUGCAGUGCAGUGUGCUUCCCUACGGCUUUGCAUCAGCCCUCAGAUGCAGUGACACACCGGAAAAGAUCCAGUGCUAGCAGACUGCAGUCUUUACCUGUACUCUUCAAAACCAAAAAUGUUAAAUACUAGAUGCUUAUGAGAGUGUCUCAUAAAUGUAGAUGUAAAUUGUGCUUGUUACAGUUUGGGAGGAAGCGGAUACUGUAGGGAAUCGUUUUGAUUUUGUGCUUCUGUAUGUGUUGUCCGAUGGCCUCUCGUGGUACAUAUGUGUGUGCGCAUGAGUGUGCACAGGAUGUGUUUGGGAUUUUUGUUUUUUUUUCUUCUCUUUUUUUUGGUCUUGUCAGUUACACUUUUUUUAAUAACUGAUUGUAUUAUAUGUGCAAUUGAAAGCACCCAUCCCGUAAUAAUAGCAUGCCAUAAAAGCACAUGCCGUCCCUUCUUUUGCUUACCAUUUUAUGCUUUAUAACACAGGAACUCCUUUCUUUUUUAAAACCAGUUAACGUGGCCAAGCAACAAGGGCUUUUCUCCUUUGAAGUUUAACCAAAAACUAGCAGCAGACAUGUUCUGAAUUUGAAAUAGGUGGACUGCAGCCAACAUUGAGGAAUAACAGACCAAUCUCGAGUAUCGUGUUUCUGACACAGGAGAUACGGUAUGCUGGGUCGUGUUGUUUUUAACGCUCGUCUGUCCCUCUCUCUUUCUUUUUAAUACAGUCGGACCAUGGUAGUACCAGGUUUUUGAUACAUGAAUGGAAAUUGUUACACAAAAGGACUCAACACUGAAACAUAAGAGGGGUUUUGUUUAUAUGUAUGAAAGAACAAACUCUAAGGACCUUUCUAAGGAUUUACCCAGAUCAUAGUGUCAUGUAUAGAAUAAUUUUAGUUCAAAUAUUUCAUAUGGCUGUCUUAUAACUAAUGCUAUUAUUACACCAAAUUACGUUUCAUUUUGUUUUUUCUUUCUUUCUCCUUUUUGUACCGGUCAUCUAUGGAUGUCAUUGUACAGAUUGUGGAAUGUUUCAGUGUACUUCUCUUUUUAUAUACUUACAUGUUGUUUCUUUUUUUAAUGCCUGGUUUGUUUUGCCUUUACUCUGCUGAUGAGUUAGAGUAAUAUUUGUAAUGUUUAUUUUGAGUUUUGUUUGACUUUAAAUUUGGGUUUUGGAGUUUUUUUUUUGCGUGUUUUUGUUAGAGCUGAUAUUUGUGCAUGGUGCAGUGAGAAAUUUCCUCGUGAGCCCAAAUUUAAAUUGCAUACAGGUUCUCAAGGGUUCCACAGUGGUGUUAUAGUCUAGAGCAGUGCUCCUCAAUCCAGUCCACAAGGACCCCCACUCAUAUUGAUGUAUUUUAUCUGUAAUCACACCUCAUUAAGGGGUGUAGAGUGUUGAUUACCUGGCUCAGAUGGUUCAGGAAUACCUGGAAUAUAGCAAAAAUAGGGAAUAAUUUGGGUUACGGAAGAUAGGACUGAGAACCUAGAGCAGUGGUCACUAACUGUAUUCCUAGACAGUUAAUAUGUGGGAUUAAGAUGGUUGUAGUUUUGUUCAUGUGUGGUGUUCUUGCUCAUUAUAGCAACCUCCAUCACUACUCCUUAUCCUAGCACUUCAGGCAGGGCAUGCACAGUUUUACUCUUCUUUACACCUCUUGAAGCAGGUCAAAUGUGCAGAGACACGUCUGAAACCUUCCGAUUGUACGCUUCCGUUUUCAUUGCUAGUCGUGGUGGCAUCAGCAUCACUGCAGAAAGAAGCAGCACGUUUCACACCAUAGUUUCAGAGUGCAAGCAGAUUCCUGUGGAAGAUGACUGAAAGUUCACCUCUUGCUGGCGUUCACACGUUGCAGUUGGUCUUAAAAUAACUUCAAACAAGCUGAAUGAGAAGAGAGGGCACUCUGCAAGCACCUUGCAAACGCAGCAUAACAGUCAAGGCUGAUUUGCAUGAGCCGGUAAGAGCACUGACCCAGCAUCAGUUUCCUGCCCUGUUUGGAUUGAUCGCAGCCACAAAAACCGAUCCUGGUUCAGAACUCUUACUCUGAUAUUAUUCACGAAACCCCUGUGCAGACCAGCGAGACCACUUCAUGACCCAAGGUUAAUUCUACUGCACCAUAACAAAUGACAAAUUGUACUUUUCUAUUAUUUUCUUAAAACUGUAGUAUAUCCUUCUUCCUCCCAUCUUUCCCCCCUUCUGUACUCACCAAUCCCCCUUUCUCUACCUCUCCUCUUCUCUCCAUUUCUCUUGUAUAUAAACCUUGCCAUUUUCAGACUUGCUAGUCUGUUAUGAACUCCUUUUAUACCUCAACUUUAGAACUGUUCUAGUAAGAGGAAAAAAAAACAAAAGAAAUAUGAGAAUUGUAGUGUUCCUUAUUAGAAAAACAAAAACUAAUAAAAUAAUCUAGUGUGCUUUUGA